AUAUAUAUAGAACAGCAUACACGUAAAUAGUAUAUAAAUAAUAACCUUUGUUUAAAGACAAUGUACCAAAGUUUCAAAAAUUCCAAAAGCAAAUCAAAGACAAUAUGCUAUACUGUUGGGCGUCCACCAUGGUAUAAUUCACAUGGGCAAAUGAAAGAGGCAUUUCUAAUAGGAUUGUGCGGAGGAAGUGCUUCAGGAAAAACCACUGUUGCAAAAGAUAUAAUUGAUGUUUUGGGUGUACCUUGGGUUGUUAUUAUAUCACUGGACUCCUUUUAUAAAGUUUUAAGUCAUGAAGAACAUCUCCUUGCAGAAAAAUCAGAGUAUAAUUUUGAUCAUGCAGAUGCCUUUGAUUGGAAACUUGCUUGUGAAACACUUAAAAAACUAAAAGAAGGAAAGAGUGUACAAAUUCCAAUAUAUGAUUUUGCGACUCAUAGUCGAUUAGAUAAACAGAAAACUGUUUAUGGUGCAAGUGUGGUAAUAUUUGAAGGUAUAAUGACAUUUGUAUGUGAGGAACUUCUUGAAUUAUUAGACAUGAAGAUUUUUGUUGAUACAGACUCUGAUAUUAGAUUAGCAAGAAGGUUAAAGCGAGAUAUUAGUGAACGUUGCCGAGAUAUUCAUGGUGUGCUCAAGCAGUAUGAUAAAUUUGUUAAACCUAUGUUUGAAAAAUUUAUUGCUCCAACAAUGAAGUUUGCUGAUAUUGUUGUACCUUGGGAGGGUGAAAACAAAGUUGCAAUAAAUGUCAUUGUCAAAAGUAUAAAAAAACAGUUAGAAAAGAGAGGAUUUAACUUUCGAGCUGAUCUUAUUACAGAACACGAAGGUAAACCAUUACCUGAAAAUCUUCAUAUUGUUGAAGACACACCCCAAGUACGUGGAUUGCAAGCUAUUAUAAGGAAUCGAGAUGCUACUCGUGAUGAUUUUAUAUUUUAUUCAAAAAGAUUAAUGAGGAUACUAAUGGAAAAAACAAUGUCACUUCUUCCAUUUGAACCAUAUACAUGCGAAACUCCUCAAGGUAGCAGUUACAAUGGAAUGAAACUUGAAGGAUGUCUUUGUGGAGUAUCUAUCCUUCGUGCUGGUGAAGCUCUAGAGGAAGCGUUAGUAUCUGUCAAAAGAGAUGCCAUCAUUGGAAAGAUGCUAAUCCAAACAAACAUAAAUACUACAGAGCCUGAACUUCAUUAUAUUCGCUUACCAAAACAUAUUGAAAAUCAUCAAGUCAUUUUAAUGGACGCUACAGUUGCUACUGGUGCUGCUGCGCUGAUGGCAAUAAGAAUAUUAUUGGAUCAUGAUGUUAAAGAAGAAAAUAUAUAUUUUGUGUCUUUGAUCAUGGCACGUACUGGAGUGUAUACAAUUGCAUCAGUUUUUCCUAAUGUUAAAAUAGUAACUGCUUCUGUAGACCCAACUACAAAUGAAGAGUAUCAUAUAAUCCCAGGGAUUGGUAACUUUGGAAACCGAUACUUUGGCACAGACGAUGACUAUUAAUAUCUUUGCAUGAAGAAAACACGCCUCGUUUAUUUUAUUUUUUUAUUGUAUAAUUUUGUGUCUCUUGGAGUAUCAAACGAUUAAAGAAAUAUAAUUUUUUUAA